CUCAAAGGCUCUCAUGAGGCAGCUGUUGGCUAGGGUCGAAGGUCUCAUCCGAAGGCUCAGUCGGCAUGGCGAGGGGUAUCCCUUUCCAAGGUAACUCAUGUCGUUGUUGGCAGGAUUCAAUUCUUAUCUACAGGGCUGUCUAGGUUGUGGUAGCUGGCUUCCCCCCAGCGAGUGACCCAAGAGAGAGCAGGAAAGAAAGAGAGCACCCAAGAUGGAAGCUACAGGUUUAUUAAAAACCUAAUCUCAGCAGUGAUAUCAGAUGACUUCUGCUAUAUACUAUUGGUUAGAACUGAGUCCAUUUGUCCAGCCCACACUCAAGAAGAGGGGAUUACAUAAGGGCAUGAAUACCAAGAGUUAGGGGAUCAUUAGCAGGGGGCUGUCUUCAAGGCUGCCUACCACAGCUUCCACACUUUGUGGUAUGCCAGCAAAGGUUACCCUAUACAGAGACAAAGCAAUGCAUGUGUGUGCAUAUACGUGUCAGGCCUUCACACACUUACACUUCGGCUAAUUACUCCUGGGCAUGCAGAAAUGUUGAAUAUUCAUGAAAUUGUGACCAAAAAUUCGGAAUCCCAAUACUGAACAAAGAAAUAUUUUGCUCUUGUUCUAGCAUAGAAUAUGGAGUAUCACAUGAUUGUUUUUGGAAGUCUGGGUGACAUAUUCUCUCUGUUUGUUCCUCUUGAUUAUGUCAUUGCUUCCCUUAAGCAGAAUUCAUUACGGAACCACUUCUAUCUAUUCCAAAAUUGAAACGGGCAAUCCCUCCACCAUUUUAAUCCAACAGUACGAUGUCAUAAAAACUUCAGAGAAUUAUAACUAUUGAAAGUCUAAUAAUGCACUUAUUUCUCAAAGCAAUAUUAUUUUUUCUUACAGGAUACAUCUUAUAUUUAUACUGUGCCAUUAAUAAUGUCUCAGUAGAAAUAAAAACUGGCGCAUAAGGGCUGCAGUGUGGGGGAUUUCGUGUUGCUAGGAGAGCUCUGAUCCUUAUACUGCCAGUCUUGGGUGAGUCUGCGUUUGUGGCUUUCCAAUUCGGUAUUAACGCAGGCUUGUAGAUUAUUUCCCAGAUGACACUUUCCAUUAGUUUCACAUCCACCUUACUGGACAAAGACUUCACUCAACUCUAUGGUUUCCUGUGCUUUAGUAAAAAGAUGAAACGUUGGAACGGGAGGUUCUGUGAUCUGGUCAAUGUGCUAGUGAAAGCAGUAUUUGGGGAAAAAAGGAAAAUUGUUGAGCCCUAACUGAUGCUUUUGAACUACUUUUAAAAAGCUCCCUGUUUUCCACAACAAGCUACAAUGAAGCUAAUGUUUCUGUUAUGAAAGCCCUCCACUGCAGUUUCAAAUGUCUGCUUGCUUUUUUUUUUUUAAGCCACAGCAAAGGCUAACUCUGUUUUUCUCUCCAGCUUUACGGGUCAGGAAUUCUUCCCUACAGACUGCUGUAACUAUUUUGUUGCUAUUUAUCAGAAAUAAAAAAGGUGUCUUUCCGUUGUUGUAGUUUUUAAUAAAGUGAGCAAAUUUAUUUGGGGCAACGAUAAAUUUCAGAAUGACUCUUGCCCGAAGCUCCUCUCCUCAGGACUCCACCCUACGCUCUAAGUCACUUUUGGCCCGUGAGCAAACACAGAAUGCAUCAGGCCCCACAGAGAUCUGUGUUGAGUGUAAAGGAAGAGGUGGAAAUUGCGGAGGAUUAGAAUAGAAACCAUUAUGCUGCUCCCACUUGGGCUGCGAAUAGACCCCUGAAGAAUGGUAUGUAAACGUCCUGCACACUUAACACCAGUGGAAAUGACGAAGGACAAGCGUGCAAACCUUUUGAGGAAAUGCGGGGAGAAGACCAGUGUUUUAAGGCCUUGCUUAGGCGUUACUUGGCAAAACACAGCACUAUCCUUUCUGACAUGAUCUUCUAGCUUAAUACCAAACUGAAAAACUUUCUCUUCUUCCUCCCCCCACCAUUUUGUUUGUGGGUUGGAUGUGUUUCUCCUGGAACCCCAGCUCUCCGGUUUCCCUGAACCCCAACAUCACCUCCAGACUCAGCGGGAGAACAGGCUCGGACCGCACUUCUACCGCGCAGAAACAACGCGGCUGGAGCGAGCUUUCCCUAGAAGGGUGCAAACUCGGCGGACGGCUGCCGCUUCUCCCUGCAGCCCAAGGAGCAGAGCUGGGGAGACUGCGCCCGGGGCCCUAGACUUGCUUGCGGGCGGCUGCAGGGCCCGGCGCGCCACCGCGCGAGCUGCUGGGUUACAGCCCGGUCCGCGCCGCCCGCUUCACGAGGAAGUGACGACUGCGCCGUCCCGACAGCAACAAAGUUUGAGUCUGCAGGCCGUGGUCGUCCCCGCCCUGCACCCCUCAGAACGACCGCGGGAUCCAGCGCACAGCUGUGAGCUCAACCGAUGAGUCAGAGCAGUGCAAUCCUGACACUGCAUCGCAGGACCGGGGGUGACACGGAGGGAGGGAGAGCGAUCGCGAGGCGGACACCACCAGCGCGGGGUGCGCUGAGGCUCCUGCGCCGCGAGCGAGGGGUGACAACCUGCGCGUGCCGCCCGGGCCCUACCAGCAAACUUCCCAGCCUCGGGAGGCGCGGGCUGGUGGAAGCACUGCGAACGCCGCGGGGAGGCGGCGGCGCCUGUUUGUGUUUAAAAUCGGGGAGUACGUGCAGGCGGCUGGAGUCUGGAAGGCGACCGAAGGCGGCGGCCCGCGGAGGGAAGGGGACGGCCGAUGCCGGAGCUCCGGCAGGAGCGGGCUCCAGGGUCCUGUGGAGCAUUAUGAACUGGGAAGAGCAGACAACCUCAAGAGUGCCUCUGUGAAGAGGAAGGAAGAGCCAGCAGUUCGUCCUUUCUCCCUGUGCCUGACGGAUCCCAGCAUUUUUUUCUCCUGCUGCUCUGCUGCCACUGGCUUCUGGACGAGGGCGGGGCUUCCAGCAGGACCUUCCCCCAGGGGAUGGGCAACUGGUAAAGUAGGUCUCACUGCCGGGGCCCGGUUGGCCACACCAUGAACCUCCAGGCCCAGCCCAAGGGUCAGAACAAGCGGAAGCGUUGCCUCUUUGGGGACCAGGAGCCAGCUCCCAAGGAGCAGCCCCCACUCCUGCAGGCCCCACAACAGCCCCUGGCCCCUCCACAGUCCACCAGAGUGAAGGAGGAGCCUUACUUUGGGCACGAGGGUCCGACAGGGGCCGCCCCUGCCUCCCAGCCUGUGGAACUACCCAGCAGCCUGGCCCUGCUGAACUCUGUGGUGUAUGGGCCCGAGAGGACGACGGCGGCCAUGUUGUCCCAGCAGGUGGGCCCAGUCAAGUGGCCCAACUCUGUGAUGGCUCCAGGGCGGGGCCCGGAGCGCGGAGGGGGUGGGGGCGUCAGUGACAGUGGUUGGCAGCAGCAGCCCGGCCAGCCUCCACCCCACUCAACGUGGAACUGCCACGGCCUACCCCUCUAUGGUGGACACAAGGGGAGCCCCCAUCCUGGCAUGGGAAUCUCCACCUACUAUAACCACCCUGAGGCACUGAAACGAGAGAAAGGAGGGGGGCCGCAGCUGGACUGCUACGGAAACGCAGUGCGGCCAAUGAUGACGCAGAAGAUGCAGCUGGAGGUAGGGCGGUCCCAGGCGCCCCUGAACUCUUUCCAUAUGGCCAAGAAGCCCCCAAACCAGACGCUGCCCCUGCAACCCUUCCAGCUGGCGUUCGGCCACCAGGUGAACCGGCAGGUCUUCCGGCAGGGCCCACCGCCCCCCAACCCCGUUGCCGCCUUCCCUGCGCAGAAACAGCAGCAGCCCCAGCAGCAGCCGCAGCAGGCAGCCCUGCCUCAGAUGCCGCUCUUUGAGAACUUCUACUCCAUGCCGCAGCCGCCCUCUCAGCAGCAGGACUUUGGCCUGCAGCCGGCCGGGCCACUGGGACAGUCCCAUCUGGCUCACCACAGCAUGGCACCCUACCCCUUCCCCCCCAACCCUGAUAUGAACCCGGAACUGCGCAAGGCCCUCCUGCAGGAGUCAGCCUCGCAGCCUGUGCUACCUCAGGCCCAGAUCGCCUUCCCCCGCCGCUCCCGCCGCCUCUCAAAGGAGGGCGUCCUGCCUUCCACCACCCUGGAUGGGGCUGGCACCCAACCUGGGCAGGAGCCUGCCCCCAACCUGUUCCUACAUCACUGGGCCCCGCAGCAGCCACCACCCGGACCCCUGGGGCAGCCCCACCCUGAACUGGGAUUCCCGCUGGAGCUGAGGGAUUCGCAUAUGCUGUCUGAUGGGGAGAGACUGGCACCUAAUGGUCGGGAACGGGAGGCUCCCUCCAUGGGCAACGAGGAGGGCAUGCGGGCAGUGGGCACGGGGGACUGUGGGCAGAUGCUACGGGGCGGAGUGAUUCAGAGCACACGACGGAGACGCCGGGUGUCCCAGGAGGCCAAUUUGCUGACCCUGGCCCAGAAGGCAGUGGAGCUGGCCUCACUGCAGAGCACAAAGGAUGCCAAUGGCUCUGAGGAGAAGCGGAAAAGUGUAUUGGCUUCAACUACCAAGUGUGGGGUGGAGUUUUCUGAGCCUUCCUUAACUGCCAAGCGAGCACGAGAGGACAGCGGGAUGGUGCCCCUCAUUAUCCCAGUGUCUGUGCCUGUGCGGACUGUGGACCCAACUGAGGCGGCCCAAGCUGCAGGUGUUGACGAGGACGGAAAGGGUCCUGAACAGAACCCCACUGAACACAAGCCAUCGGUCAUUGUCACCCGCAGGCGGUCUACCCGUAUCCCCGGGACUGAUGCCCCAGCUCAGGCUGAGGACAUGAACAUCAAGAUGGAGGGGGAAACUUCGGUGCGGAAACCAAAGCAGCGGCCCCGGCCUGAGCCCCUGAUCAUCCCCACCAAGGCGGGCACUUUCAUUGCCCCUCCGGUCUACUCCAACAUCACCCCCUACCAGAGCCACCUGCGUUCUCCUGUCCGCCUGGCUGACCACCCCUCUGAGCGGAGCUUUGAGCUGCCCCCCUACACACCACCGCCCAUCCUCAGCCCUGUGCGGGAAGGCUCUGGCCUCUAUUUCAAUGCCAUCAUGUCAACCAGCAGUAUCCCAGCCCCUCCUCCCAUCACGCCAAAGAGUGCCCACCGUACGCUGCUCCGGUCUAAUAGCGCUGAAGUCACCCCGCCUGUCCUCUCUGUGAUGGGGGAGGCCACCCCAGUGAGCAUUGAGCCACGGAUCAACGUGGGCUCUCGGUUCCAAGCAGAAAUCCCCUCAAUGAGGGACCGUGCCAUGGCAGCUGCAGACCCCCACAAGGCUGACUUGGUGUGGCAGCCGUGGGAGGACCUAGAGAGCAGCCGGGAGAAACAGAGACAAGUGGAAGACCUGCUGACAGCUGCCUGCUCCAGCAUUUUCCCUGGAGCUGGCACCAACCAGGAGCUAGCCCUGCACUGUCUGCACGAGUCCGGGGGAGACAUCCUGGAGACGCUGAAUAAGCUGCUACUGAAGAAGCCCAUGAGGCCCCACAACCACCCACUGGCAACUUAUCACUACACAGGCUCCGACCAGUGGAAGAUGGCUGAGAGGAGGCUGUUCAACAAGGGCAUUGCCAUCUACAAGAAGGACUUCUUCUUGGUGCAGAAGCUGAUCCAGACCAAGACCGUGGCCCAGUGCGUGGAGUUCUACUACACCUACAAGAAGCAGGUGAAAAUUGGCCGCAAUGGGACACUCACCUUUGGGGAUGUGGAUAUGAGUGAUGAGAAGUCAUCCCAGGAAGAGGUUGAAGUGGAUAUUAAGACUUCUCAGAAGUUCCCCAGGGUGCCUCCUCCCAGAAGAGAGUCCCCAAGUGAAGAGAGGCUGGAGCCCAAGAGGGAAGUAAAGGAGACCAGGAAGGAGGGGGAGGAGGAAGUGCCAGAGAUCCAGGAGAAGGGGGAGCAGGAAGAGGGGCGAGAGCGAAGCCGGCGGGCAGCGGCUGUCAAAGCCACACAGACACUACAGGCCAAUGAGUCGGCCAAUGACAUCCUCAUCCUCCGAAGCCAUGAGUCCAAUGCCCCUGGGUCUGCUGGUGGCCAGGCGUCAGAGAAGCCAAGGGAGGGAGCAGGGAAGUCACGAAGGGCACUACCUUUUGCAGAGAAGAAGAAAAAAGCAGAGACAUUUAAUAAGACCCAAAAUCAGGAGAACACUUUCCCUUGUAAAAAAUGUGGCAGGGUGUUUUACAAGGUGAAGAGCCGCAGUGCCCACAUGAAGAGCCACGCAGAACAGGAGAAGAAGGCCGCCGCUCUGAGGCAGAGGGAGAAAGAGGCCGCGGCUGCGGCCGCAGCGGCUGCCUCUCCUCACCAGCCUGCCCUGCGGGAGGAGAAGAGCGCAGGCGAGAGGGGCUGAUGAGGAAGGCUCCGCUGGGAGGCCCAGGACUGGCCCUUCCCCCUGGGUGGCUGACCCUCCUUGCACCAGCCUGCCGAAACGCCUGCAAGCGCCCUGGAACCUCCAGAGGGAGAGGAGAGAUCACAUGGACUUUUCUCUGAAAAACAAAUAAGACAAUAAAAUAAACAGCUCUUUUAUUUAUAAAGGCCCCAGGAGCAGUGUUAAGGGCUGCAGGAUCCAGUUCUCUGUGCAUUCAGUUUGUCAGAAGUUGUCCUCUUGCUUUCCUGGAACUAUGAGAAUCCCUGCUCCCUGGGGCUGCCCUCUGGGAGGGGCUCCAGCUGCUGCCACCGCUGCCUCUUACACUGGGACCCCUGUUGCAGUGCAGUCUCUUCCCUUUUUGUUCCCCCUGCUCCCCUUGGUUACCAUGGAGAGCCAAGCACAAGCUCACCCUUUGCAGCAUUAUCCACUCUCCCCAGAGGACCUCAAAGGCCCUGCCCCAAGCCCUGGAAAAAGAAAGGGACUCCCUUGGAGGGAUUAAGGUGGCCAUAUCUGAGGAAGCUCAGCCUGGCACCAGUGUUGUCCCGUACGUGACAAUGUCCAGGCCCGAGCUGCUCCAGUGAUCCUGGCCUCAGGCCACCUUCCUGGGAGGGAAGCUACCAGAAUGCCUGGCGGGAGGAGACUGAGGACAGGUACCUAUCCCUUUGCUGCUUGUUACCAGCCUGCUGGGGCUGGAAAGUUUUUUCAGACGUUUGGGGAUAGGGCCGAUGUCCCUGUCCAUGCUCUCAGCCUACUGGUGGUAAGGAAACUAGACUGAGGAUGGAAGCUCUAGGGCGAGGCCUGAGGGAGCUUUUGAUAAGCCUUGGCUCUUUCCUACUUCCCACCUUUUUGCCAAAUACUUUUGGGCCCUGGAAGCUGCUAAGGUAGCUUAGCCUAGGCCCAGCCUGCCCCACCUUGGUGCAAGUUCCCUGCCUGCUUCUGUCCUGCCCUUGGCAGCUGCCACCUAACCCUACCCCACGUGGUCUCGUGCUAAUAUCCACAGCCCAGUCCCCCAGUCCUGCAUGCUGGAGAUUUCUGGAUUCUUCCCUGGGAGGGGGAGGUCUCCUAACCAGAUUGGACAGGAGCCUUCAUUCCUUGUGUCAUUGGGGAGCUAUUUAUUUAUUCUUAAUAUUUAAUUUUUAACAUCCUCAGGGACCAGGGGCCUCCUGCUUUUCAGAGGCCCAAGUGCAUUUAUCCCAAAACAAGGCACCUUCUUGUCAUCUCCCCUCCACCCCCAUUCCCAAGACCCUAAGGUCCCUUACAUUGCUUCUCUAAAGUUCUUGCCAAUAGGAUGAUAGUAGCACUGAAAGAGAAUGGGAAGGUGGACGGUGUCACCAAAGCCACAGAGACUAGGAGGAGCAAAGGCGAUCAAAGGCAGUUCUUGUUGCUACCUCUUCUCUGUCUGUACUUUCAAAUUGCCUGCGGGGAUUGGCUAGAAGCCAGAAUUCUGGUUUUAUUUUUGGCUUGAAGAAGCCAUAUUUGGCAUGGAGGGCUGAGUUAUUUUUCUGAUCUUGCUACUCAAUUUUAGUUGUGUAAAAGAACUUCUAAGUGACUGCAAGUAGGUGUAUGAGAAGUCAACCUGUUAGGAAGGAGCCAAAAAGGACUCAUUCUGCUACUCCUUUUGAGAUAGCCUAAACGCAUCAUGUUGGUAGCUGGGAGUGGAAAGGGAAUUUUGUUUCUAAACUGCACUAUCAGAUGCAGCUUUCAGCAUUCAUUUAAUGCAUUAACAUGAUCCUACAGGAACCCCAGCUAUGGGAGCAACAAAAUUCUAACCCCAGACUCCUGGACAGCUACCUAGAUUUCCAGCAUCUCAGUUACUUUCCUCCAUAAGCUUGUUAAGUUCAGUGCCCCCACGAUUGCGAAAAUCUGGUAACACUCCAGAAACAGAAAGGCAGCAAAUUUAGGCUCUCUUCUAAAUCACUUGUGUAAUAUGAGUGCCUUCGCAGCUUUGCCCCAAAGUGCUACUUAGGUUUCCCAAGGUUUUUUCUAUUUAAACUGUGUUUAGUUUCAGGCUCCUUUAUGGGCAUGUAACAGAAACCUCCUUUGUCUAGAGAGAUUCUCCUUUUCUAAGCUCAAGGGAGACCAGACCAGGCGAAUGUAGGUGGAGAACAUCAAGAUGGUACCUCUCUGUAUUAAUCCUACUAGACACCGUAUUUUAGAAGGGUUCAUGCUCCAGGAUGGACUUAUAUCUAGAAUGCAGGGUGCAAGUUAAAAUGUUUAGAGGGCAGAUGCAAUUUUGGCAAGUAAUCUGCCAAUUAAGUAGAUGCAGCCAUGGAAGCUGGCAUAGGUAUAUCCUUUAUGGUGCUUUCUCUCUGUGAACACAUUAGGCUCAUCUUUUGUUUGUUCUAUUCAGAGCUCUUUGCUUUAAAAAAGUUAAAUGACAAAACACCUCCAGCUUUAUAAUGUCCUCCCCACGCCAUCUCCCAUAGCCAUCUCUCAGCUUCCCUCUGCACUCAGCUAAGGGCAUGAAACUAACCUAGUGCCUGUGUUCCAGACCAUUUCUGAGGUCUCUUACCCACCCAAGGAGACAGUGCUUCAGCACUGCCCUCCAUGCCUUCAGCAGCUCUCCCUCACAGAUAAUGUACACACCCAUCCCUUCUGCCACCCCACCCCCACCCCUGGCACAGAGGUGGUGUGCUGCUUAUGUCUAAAGGGAUCCCCUAUAUUUAACUGCCUCAGUGACCUAACCUCUUUCUUCUCAUGUGCCAGAUGUUAAGAUGAAGGAGGAAUACAAUACAUACUCAAGCCCCAGCUGUUUAAAUGUUUUUAGUGGGGCUUACUUUUCUUGGACGGUGUUUAUUACCAGACUGGCAAGCCUAAUUGCUUAGGUUUACAGGAAGUAUGCCUAUUUUUAUAAAACAAUUGUAUGUCCUCCACAUAUUGUGCUGUGUUAGUAUUUGCCUCUUAACAAUUUGUAGCUGUUUCACCUUUUCCUCAUUUGUCUCUAAUUGAAGGCCUUGUUGGAGGGAACAGAGCACAGGAACAGCCUUGACAGUCUGUAAUUAUUGUACAAAUAUUUUAAUAGCAUAUAAAUAAGUAUAUUCAUUUUAUUUUGGGAAAAAAUUGAACAGACACUGCCUUUUGUGUGUUUGCUGCCUGUGGCACCCUUUUUAAAAAAGACUGUUACAUAUUGAAAUAGUGUACAUAUAUAUAUAUAAAUAGUACCUCUUGCUGUACAGUUGUGAUAGACCAUACGGAAGAUUUUAUUUUUUGUGUGCUUUUUAUAUAAAAAAAUUAAUACACUAAAGAAAAUCUUGCUGAUGUGAUUGUAAUGUACCUAUGUAACUUAUUUACUUUUGAAUGUUCUUCUGUAUCUUUAAACCUUUUAUUACAUAAGGUUUUAAAAUUCA